AUGCUGCGACGCUUCAUUUUUCACACGCUAGUCUUCCCUCCUGCGCCGUUGCCAGCGGUGCGCCGGAUAAUUCACUGUCGAGGGCAUAGCGGCAGUGCCACUGGCGACGAGGUCCAGGCUGCACGCGCCUGGCUCGCGGAGCUCCAUGCAGAGACGAUCCCUUUCAAGAGCAUUGGCGAAUUGAGCUUCAGCAGAUCAUCAGGACCGGGCGGCCAAAAUGUAAACAAAUCCAAUGCUAUAAUAGUCCAGGCCGACGACAGUCGAAAGCAGAGCGACAAUGCUCAGAGCUGCUACAGGCGCAUAUACGAGGCCAUUGCCCGAGCCGGACAAGAUGCUGUGCCCGCCGAGACGUCGGCAGCACAGGUGCAGCGUGUCAAACAACUACAGAAGGCAGAUAACGAGCGCCGCCUCAAGAGCAAGAAGCAGCAGAGCGCUAAGAAGACGUCGCGACGAAGCCGGGGUGACGAGUGA